UAAUAUUCAGAACGGAUUACGCAGGAGCUCAGUACAUUCACGAGCACGGAAUACGCGCAAUCCAUUCUUGUAAAAUAACAAACGCAGAUAGAACAGAACAUCAUACUACUACUCGAUCGUAAUCACGAUCGAAAGAAAUUAAAUCAAUAAGAAUGUGUGAAACAUCAUCAACAUCAACAGGUAUUCAAUUCUCAGCUAUGAAUGAAUCAAACUCUGAGAUUCAAUCCUUCUACAAAAACAAAACAAUCUUCAUUACUGGUGCUACUGGUUUCAUGGGCAAGGUCCUUAUAGAAAAGUUGCUAUACAGCUGUUCAGAUCUCGACAAAAUCUAUAUCUUAAUAAGAGCCAAGAAGGAUCGCAGUUGCAACAAUCGACUUGAAGAUAUAUUCAAAUUACCCUUGUUUCAAAGAAUACAAAUUGAGAAGCCUCAAGUUAUGAAGAAAGUGAUACCGUUUAAUGGUGACAUAUGUUCGGACAACUUGGGCCUUACUGAUGAAGAACGUGAGCGACUAAUAAAUGAAGUAAACAUAGUAUUUCAUUGCGCCGCGGGUCUUCAUAUGCAUGCGAAAUUGAAAGAUGCUGUCGAAAUAAACAUGAUAGGUACAAAAAGGGUAUUAAACUUGGGGAAAGAAAUGAAGCAUCUGCAAGCUUUUAUACAUCUAAGCACAGCCUUCUGUCACGUUGAUCAAAAGGAAGUAGGCGAGCGUACAUAUGACUCUUCUAAUGACCCUGAGGAUAUCAUAAGACUCGUUCAAUGCUUAGAUGAAGAUACUGUCGAUCUUAUUACCCCAAAAUUACUACGUCGGCACCCAAAUACUUAUAUAUAUUCGAAACAUCUGGCUGAAAAACUGGUAGUUAAUGAAUUUCCUGAACUGCCAUGUUGCAUUGCUAGACCAUCAAUCGUGUUCCCUUCAUACAAGGAGCCAUUACCAGGAUGGGUCGACAAUUUAAAUGGACCUAUAGGAAUACUUGUCGGUGGAGGCAAGGGUAUUAUCAGAUCGAUGCAUUGUAACGGCAAUUAUAAUGCCGAAAUAAUACCAGUUGAUCUUGCAAUUAACGAUUUAAUCAUAAUUGCAUACAAAAUUGCUACUAGCCUGAGAAAUUCGGAAAGUAUACUCGUAGUCAAUAUGACAUCGCAAAUCGAUACAUUGCGUAUCACAUGGAGCGAGACAUUAAAGAAGGGAAAACAACUUAUUUACGAAUAUCCUUUCGAGAGACAAAUUUGGUAUCCAGGAGGCGACUUACAUAGCAAUAAAUUUGUGCAUAAUAUUAUCGUCUUACUCUUUCAAAUUAUACCCGCAUACUUCAUCGACUUUCUAAUGCUGGUAUUUCGACGAAAGAGAUUUAUGGUCAGAAUCCAGAAAAAAAUUUUAAACGGUCUGGCGGUAUUGCAAUAUUUCACCACGCGGCAAUGGAUAUUUUAUAAUAAAAAUAUAAUUACUUUAUGCGACGAUCUAACACCAUUAGAUAAAAAAAUAUUUCCAACUAUUAUUUAUAAUAUCGGUGAAAUGGAAUACUUUAAGCAUUUAAUCCUUGGUACACGGCAAUAUUGCAUGAAAGAAGAUCUAUCUACUUUGCCGAAAGCCCGUCGGCAUCAAAAAAUGAUGUACGUUAUUCAUAUCACGACAAUAUACUUGUUUUACUACGGUGUAUUAUAUUUAAUUUAUAACAAUGUUGAAAUAGUAAGAUUUUUCUUCGAUUACGUUAUUGAGAAAAUAAAAUCGAUACUGUUUAUAAGAAAAUUCAUAGAGCAUGUUUAAAAGCACGUGAAGAUGAGAAGACGAGAAACUAUAGUUACUUGAUCUUUCAUUGCCCGAUUCAUCUCUCUCUGUUUUACAUAUUUGUAUUUUUAAACCACUUAUACUUAUGUACAAUGGGGUGUAAAUUAUAUAUAAUUUGCAAUUAACAAUUACAUA